GUAAAAUGUCACAUUUGCCGCUGGAUGCACGGGCCAUUCUGCAGUAUCUAAAUGAUUUGGGCUAUAGGAAUAUAUCAGCCGAGCAACUCCGUGAAUUUCUAAAAGCUAAUUUGCGCCAGAAGGUAUGCAACCGCAGUCGGACAAACAAAGCGCCAGCAGACUCGCAACAACAACUAGCAACACAACAGCAGCAGCAUCAGCAACUUCCGCAGCAGCAACAGCAGGCACUCCUCCAAAAGUAAAGGUCAUCAAGAGCAAACGACCCCUGUGCCACUUUAAGUUCUACCUGGACAUUUGCGAUCAUCAGCUAGCGAAGCGCAUUGAGUCCGAUAUCAAGGCUUUGGGCGGACAUCUCGAGUUCUUCCUGAGCGACAGUAUCACACACUUCAUCACCGAUAAACCUGAGGCCACAGGCGGAGCACCCAGGACACCGGGAACACCAGGAACACCCAGCACACCCACCAAUCACUAUCAACAGGAUGAUGGUUCGGCAAGGAAACCGAAUCAAAGGCAAUCAAGAGCGGAUGCUAUACUGAGUCGUGUGCGUAGAAGCACGGUUGGGGUGCCAAACAGUAGCAAUAGCACACCCACCACAUCCGUAAAACGAAGCUAUACCAUCUGGCAGACUGACUACGCGCAACGCUUUAUCAAGCGCAUUCAGACUGAGCUUAAGCAAUACCUUGAGGGUAAGAAGGAAGGUGGAGGAGGAGGAGGAGGAGCGUCAUCAACUAGCCCCCAUCACAUUCAGCUAAAGAAGCAGUAUGUGAAGAUCGAAUCCGUCAAGCGUAAUUAUAGACCUUACUACCAUCUCAUCAAGCAGCCAGACGACUGGCCAAAGAUAGAUUUAAGCAGCGAAGACGGCGCCUUUCGACUACUAACCAAGUCGAAGACGAAGGAGAAGGAGCAGAGCAUGACCCGCAAGUCAUUGGGUUCACGGACAUCCCAGAAAGAGAAACCAGCACCGGGUGAAGAGAAGCCACCCCAGCAUCCCGCUUUGCAGCAGCUUAAAAAGCAGUCGGCAAUCCCGAAUAGUCCGCGCUCCAAUUGUCGCGAACUCAAGGAUUCGAGUGAGAAACAAGGUGGAGUUUGUGAGAUCUGCAAGUUAGAGUACGAUAUCCUGAAUAUCCAUUUGCAGAGCAAAGAUCACGAACUGUUUGCCAAGAAUUCGGAGAAUUUCCUGGCCCUAGAUACACUAAUUCGUAGUUCAGCGAAUGUGAAUCGCUUCCUGGAGGAGGAGCCCGAAGAGAGUGAAUUGGACAUGGAUGUGGAUGAAUCGCUGAGUAAUGAGGAGUUGCAGAGUCCCCGUCAGAGGCCGUCGCCAGCAUUGCGCGAGAAAUCCAAAAGGAUAACCAAGGGAAAGCAUUCGUCGGAAAAGUUUCAAGCAGCAGGAGUUGCGUCGCCUCAAACGCCCUCCCCUGGUGGCAAGAAGGUUCUGGGAAAUCUACCCGGUAGCCUGUCAGAGCUCCAGCGCCAGGAGCACCCAACAACAGCGGCGGCAACGCCAACAACGAAUUCUGGUCGAAGGAAAACGCAGAAUUCUGGUCUGUCACCCCCAAUAAGAGCCAUGUUGCCACCUUCGUCACUUUAUAAAGUUGUGGAAACCAGGGAGGAAUGUGCCACGCCUCCCAGGGGAAGAGGAAGACCUCCUAGCCAAGUGGAUUCGCCCUCGCUGAUAGUCAAGUUCCAAAAGAUUAGGCAAACCGAGUUGCAACGACUUAAUGGAGAGGCGGAGAACUUUAUGUUCCCUCGAACAGCGGUUACAACUACGAGGAGCAGUAGUGAGCUGCCCACAGAUGUGGAUCGGCAAACUACCUCGGAUGUGAGGGGUAGACACAGUAUCUCUUCCGCCAGCCUAGACACUAGCACCAGCGAGGCGGAGACGAAGGAAUCUUCAGGAUUACCCACGUCUAGCAUACGCAAGCGAGCCCAAGCGGUGGGAAGGCGAAGAAAAGCAGGUGGAGCAGCUGCUCAGGACCUACUGCAACGCCAAUUGUCCACUGGGAGUAGUAGCAGCAAUAGCAACCAGCAGCGCUUUCCAAGCGCCCCCAUCCAGCCAGAAGAAGAGCCUCAACCGCAGCCACAGCCGCAGCUAAAGAUUAAAAUAAAGCAGGAGCAAGUGGUGGCCACCAGGAAGAGCAGUCGCACAGCCACGGCCAUUGUGACAGCGGCCACUGCCAGCAGUCAUCAGCAGCAGCAGCUAAGGCAGACCACCAGCCGGAAAUUGGCCAAUAAACUGGAGGAUCGGAUGGGGGAAACAGUAAAGCCGAAGAUAAAAAUUAAGAAGGAAGUGAUCGAAAUAGAGGAAGAGUUGGAGGAUCUGGAAGACCUGCUGGAUAAUGAGUUAGGGGAGGAGUUGGACAGCAGUUUGUCCUCUGGCAGCGAUGAAGACUAUAUAGCUGGCAGUCAACGUAGAGCCACGGCAGCCACUCGCAAAUCUACGGAUACUCGAGAGCAGAGGGCAGCAAGGCGGUUAUCCAGAUUAACCAUAAAUCGUAGCGCCGGAGAGGUAGAGUUGACUGAAGUCAAGUCAUCGCCCACGAGAAAAAGUCGCGGAAAGAGCCAGAAGCCCUCGAGUCCCACGAAAAACAAGGCCAAACAAACGAAGACAGGGCCACCAGCGAUGGAUUUGUUCUUCGAUUGCAGCAAAAGUGAAAGGCUACAAGAAAUGCAAUAUACUUUCGAAUCGCUGCCAAGUGGAGAGCUUUGGAAUCGGGUGUUCCUUCGACAGGAUGCGGGCGAAGAGAACUAUUACACGUAUUACGGUAGCACUAACUAUAGGAAACUGCCCUAUGAAAUGGGUCCCAUACCCAUGUCCAAAACAUUGCCGGCACACAGUUGUGCCAUGUGUUGCGCAGAGGUCGAGGAAAAGCCGGAAAAGGCAGAAAAUCUGAAGCAGGAAGACCAGAAGCCUGUGCACAAGAAGGAGCUUAAAAAGGAGGAGGAAGCUGCUCAGGCGUCCUCAUCUGCGACCUAUAAGAACAAAAAGCUGCACCUUCUCCAGCGUUAUCAGCAGGAACAGGAGCAACUGCAGCAGCUGGAGGGGAAUUCCCUAGCCACUGCCAUAGCCAAAUGUGAUAGCAAGGCCAGCACCCCAGAACUACUGGAGAGGGAGUUCGCCUCGGGUUCUCUGGGAGAUCGAGUGCAGCUGAUCGAGCGAGUGAGGAGCACCUCCAGUUCCAGUUGCAGUAACAGCCAGCGGAGCAGUAUCACCUGCAGAAAUAAACAGCUGGCGCGAAUUGCCGAGUUGCCGCCUAGGAAAUCGCCCAGAGAACAUGCAUCCACAUUGGCUCUGGUCAGUUGCAUUAUCCGGCAAAGGCAGGACUCUCAAAGUAAAACGAAUUCUGAAGCAGAAGAGCCACCUCCCCCUGUGGUUGCGCCAAAGCUGAAAACUCCUAUGAAACAGGAACCGAUAGCACCUUCAUCCCCCAGGACAACUCGUUCCCAAGCUGCCACUCCCGUCGAGGAGCUUCGAUUUGCCACGGAAAUAAGCGAGACGGUGAAGAGGAUGAGGCGCGGGCAGAACAAAUACGAUCACUCUCCGCCCGCACCAGCGCCAAAUCCCACGCCGGUAACUUCUUCGCCAGCCCGAAGUCGUCGCCUGACACCUGCCGCACAAAAUCUGAGUCAAAGUUAUUCGCGCCGCCUGGAGUUCUCAACCAGUCAAAGGGAAUCAUCAGCGAGUGCUCUGUUGGGCAAGCGUAACAGAAGAAUGAAUCCUCCGGUAGCCGGCACAGUGCGUCCCACAACUCAACAAGCUCCCGGGACGGGUGCCUUUCGCGGAGUUCGCAAAUUACCCAGCAAAAAGGGACUGCUCGAAUACGAAAUGGAACCGUGUGCCCUUAAAGCUCUGGAUCAAGCCCGUCAGUAUUGUAAUCCAGGUUUCGUUGCCUGGCAGUUGGACAAGUAUCUAGAGCUAGCUGGCAAGGAGUACGAUCUGGAUGAGGACGAACUGCCAGUGGAGAAGGAGAGCGAAGGAAGAGAAGAAAGGCUUGUCAAUACCCCGCAGACUCCACCACCCACUGAUUGCUUUACCAGCGAGUUCGACCUGUGCGAUUUGAUCUUAGCAAGCGCGUGCAGUGGCGAUGAUGAGGAAGAACUAGCCAAAGGAAACCUACCAGGCUCCAGUCGACGAAUGAACAAUCUCAAUCUGUAUGCCAGCUACUAUAGAAAGAAGAAGAGCCUGAAAUCCAAUCGAACGGGCUGGCCAAAGGCUCAGCGAAGGCGGAAUGCUGGCGGAUUAGGAGGUGGUCGAUCCUUGCCAGAUGAACGAAUAAAUUUCCAGAAAAUGGGUCUUGCCGAGCUUCACCCCAUAAAGCAAGAGCCCAUGGAGACGGAGGAGGAGCAGACCACCGCCACCACCACCACAACCACAACCACUACGACUUCAGCGAAGAGAGAAAACCUGCUUAGCAAAGAAGACGAAGAUGAUGAAGGUGGCGGCACUCCAGGCGGAGGAGAUGGCGACGGAUCACCUGCCGAUGAUAAACAGAAUUCCCGAGAAGAUGCCGUUAUGACGCCGCCAGCGACCGAUAUUGAUGAGCAGGCUGAACCGGAGGCGGAUGAUAUGGAAAGUCUGCCGGAGGAAGAUGAAACCAUGGCGGAUUCUGUGGAUCAGCAGCAGGAUGAUGAGGCGGAAAUCGAGGCCACCGAUGCGGAUGUCGAAGAGGAGGAGGAGGAAGAGGAUGAAGAUGUCUUUGAAGAUGCCUACGAAGAGCAGGAGAUGGGCGAGAAGAAAACGGAGCCGCCGGAGAAACGAGCACGGAUACCCUCCAUAUCCGUGACUACGCCACCUGAAGAGCACUCCACGCAGGGCAAGAAACUUCUGCUCACCCUGCACAACGGCCAGAGACUUCAGGCCACCUCGACGCCAAGUACCGGGCAAGCUCAGCAGCAGAGGAGAACGCCACAGCUAAAUGGAAGCCUAGGCAGCUGCAUUUCGCCGAGUGAGAAGUUGGGCGAUAAUUCGGACAUCUUCACCGUCUCUUCGGAUGGACUGGAUACCGAUCUGGAUCUGAGCAACACCCAGGCGGGCGACUCCCACGAGCAUUGCCCGCACCAGACGACGCCGAAGAGGAAGUUCGACAUCUCCAAGUAUGCGCCACCGAAUAAUGGAAAGGCGGCGAGCAGUUGUGCUGCCGAAGCGGCGACGGCUGCCGUCAAAUCCCUGGCCAUCUCGCAGUUCCUCAAGAAGGAGGUGCGUGUCACCUGCCGGCGGCUAAGGGCGCCAUUCCGACGCUUUCGAUACCGCCGCUGAGCAUCCCGUUUUUGUGUGUCAUCAUAACCAUCAUCCAGAUCAAGAAACGCAUCAUUCAGCACCAAUCACCACGUUUAGCUUUUAGUGUGUACAGCGACGAUGAGUAAUAAGUUUCAGUUUUUAGGUAUUUUUAGGCCACAAAUCCCUCCAAAACCACAAAAACAAAGCGAUUUCAAUUCGGUCACCUUUUCAAAUUUAAAUCAGGAUUAAAUUUGGCGAAGUUGAAUGAAUAUUCAAUGCACUCGCUUGUUACCAUCUUUUGAGACAAAGCCACUGCCAAAAUGGUUAAAAGCAAAGUGCAUGAAUAAGUUUCAAACCGAUUUCGUCAACUUUAUUCAGGUUACAAACACGAGAAGACCCAAACCCAUCCAUCAACUAAAUGUAGCAUAAUUAAAACUCACACAAAUCACACACUGAAAUACGUACAUAAGCCUUAGUUUAAUCUUAGUUUAGCUCAAAUUCCCCGACCCCUCCAAAAAACAAACCUCACAUCAACAAUUUCGGACUAUUCCAAAAUCUCUCAUUUUCAAUUUAGCUCUUAAGUAGACAAGUUUCCAUUUAUCGUUUUUGUUUUUAACUGUGGAAAUCACCUAUUAAAAUGUUUUCAUUUUCUUAGCCAUGUACUAUUAUCAAAGUCAGCGCUCAAGCGAAGAAAAAAAAAAGGAAAAA